CACACACACACACACACACACACAAAGCCUGAGCGCGAAGCAGUGUGCAGGACGGUCGCGUCCUCCAGCAUGGACAGCGUGACCCCGCAGCCGGACCACGCGGUAGCUGCGCUCCCGAUGCGCGGUGAGUUCACGGGAUUCUCCCGGUUCCGCUGCACGCUGGUUCUGACGGAGUGUGAGCUCACGGUACAGAAGCUCGGCACGUGGGGUCGGAAAUCAGGAACGGUCACCGUGCUGGACCUACAGGACUGUAUAGGCUGCCGCGCGUACGGAGCCGAGGACGGACAGGACACGAGCGCGGGCUUGGCGGUGUAUUUCUACCCGGAGAGGAGACACUGUGCUCGGCUGAGUUGUUCUGCAGCCCGCCGCAGAGAGGAGCUGCGCUUCCGGGUGGCAGUGAGUCCGGAGCCGCGUGUAAACCUGGAGGAGGCGCAGAGAUGGAGCAGAGCGAUCCGGCACAGCUCCUACCUCCGGACAGGUGGUGUGUGUGCAGACAUGACGAGUCCUCGCAGGUUCCUGGUCCUGAUAAAUCCUCAGAGCGGUAAAGGUCAGGCCCUGGAUCUCUUCAACAACCAUGUGAAGCACAUGCUACAGGAAGCCAACAUCACAUACACACUUCAGGUCACAGAGCGUCAGAACCACGCCCGCGAGCUAGUACGAGAAGCAGACCUGUCUCAGUGGGACGCUGUGGUCAUCAUGUCCGGAGAUGGGCUACUGUUUGAGGUCGUGAACGGGCUCAUGGAAAGGGAGGACUGGGAGAAAGCCAUUCAGACUCCUCUCGGCGUGCUGCCCGGAGGUUCAGGGAACGCGCUCGCUGCGUCGAUACACUACUACUCCGGGUCAAAGCCGGUGUCUGGUAAGGAGCUGCUAGUGAGCUGUGGCUUCAUGUUGUGUAAAGGCCUGGUGUCACAUCUGGACCUCACCUCAGUCUGCCUGGCAUCCAACCAGCGUCUGUUCUCCUUCCUGUCCCUCGCCUGGGGCUUUGUGGCUGAUGUGGACAUCGAGAGCGAAAAGUACCGGCACAUGGGAGCUGCUCGCUUUACCAUGGGGACUCUAGUGCGCCUCGCCUCGCUGAGAGUGUAUAAAGGGAAGCUGGCAUACCUUCCUGCCGAGGAAUCUCAAGCCCCUUCAAGCUCAGCUUCAUCAGAAGUGUCCUUUACUGACGGUUCCAAAUCGUGCUUGGUUCAUUCAAGCAACUCAAAUUGUCAGGAUCACUGCUUGCACAAUUCUUGCAACUCCAACAACGCCCACAAUCCCAACUGGGCCGACGAGUCACCAGCGACCUCGAAAGGUCCCGCUGAUACCCUCCUUGUACCCUUGGACCAGCCUGUGCCAACACACUGGUCUGUAGUCAAGGAGGAGGAUUUUGUUCUGGUGAUGGCAGUGUACCAAUCCCACCUCGCUGAAGACUUAAUAGCUGCUCCUGCAUCCAGACUGGAGGAUGGAACUAUACACCUGAUGUAUGUUAAAGCAGGAAUCUCACGUCAAGCCCUCUUGCGCCUUUUCCUGGCCAUGGAGAAAGGUACCCAUUUGAGUAAAAACUGCCCCUUUGUGGUGUACGUUAAGGUGCGGGCACUUCGACUGGAACCUUAUGCACCCAAAGGGAUCAUCACUGUCGAUGGUGAAGUAGUAGAAUAUGGGCCAGUGCAAGCGCAGGUCCACGGCAGACUUGCCAGGAUAAUAACCGGAUAGAUUUGUACAGAAAAGGCUAGAAAUGGUCGACGCAUAGAGCGAAUCGAAGACUGCAGGGUUAAUUAGCAAUAAAAACAAACGACGAUUGCUAGUCCUUUAUUUAUUGUUAGAACCGAAGGAACGGACGCGUUAUUGCGCCAGACAGAUCGUCCUUUUUCUUUAAAGGAACGCUUCUCUUAAAAAAAUGCUAACUUUGCUGAUAACGAGUGGGCUUUAAAAGAUCUCACGCACUAACAUAGCACUCAGUCUACACAAGGUUCGACUCGUUACUCAGUCAGAGCAUCUCAGCAUGUGAAGGAUUGUCUUUAGGUACUAGAGAUUCUGAGAGCGAUGACUUCUAGUGUGCGAGCGACAUCUGCUGCUGUUUUCAAGGUGCUACUGAUUGUAGUGACAAAUCCUGGAAAAGAUUGAAGAGAAAAUUAUUUAUUUUUAUACCGCUGUUUUGUACACGUCGUGCUGUAAACAUCUAUCCGAGGAAGCAGCGUAUAAUAAGCUGGAGAUUGUGAAUCGGCUGCAGAGGGAUUCGUGUACGGUGCUUUCAUUUUUUCAGAUUUUUUUUGGUACCUAAUGCCAUCAAAUUCAUUUUCUAAUAAAAUAUGAAAGAAAUUACAGAUAGGGGGCACGGUGGCUUAGUGGUUAGCACGUUCGCCUCACACCUCCAGGGUUGGGGGUUCGAUUCCCGUCUCCACCUUGUGUGUGUGGAGUUUGCAUGUUCUCCCCGUGCCUCGGGGGUUUCCUCCGGGUACUCCGGUUUCCUCCCCCGGUCCAAAGACAUGCAUGGUAGGUUGAUUGGCAUCUCUGGAAAAUUGUCCGUAGUGUGUGAGUGCAUGAGAGAAUGAGAGUGUGUGUGUGUGUGUGUGCCCUGUGAUGGGUUGGCACUCCGUCCAGGGUGUAUCCUGCCUUGAUGCCCGAUGACGCCUGAGAUAGGCACAGGCUCCCCGUGACCCGAGGUAGUUCGGAUAAGCGGUAGAAGAUGAGUGAGAGAGAGAGAGAUUCAUAAUGUUAGCUGAUCUUAUAUUGUAUUUCAAUUCAAAUGUGUUGAUAAUGUUAGCUAAGUAGCUAAAUAGCUAAUUGGCUCACUUUUAUUCAACAUUCAAAAUUUGUCGAUUUUUUUUUUCACAAUUAAAGGGGAUAAAAUUGUUUGGAUUCAAAUUUAGAUUAAGGAAUGUUUGAUGUAUAAAUUUGUCCAGGUGACGCUAGUACACGCCAAGAACGCAAAUGAAAGCAUCGUACCGGAUUUAAUGGCAUUCCUGCAGUUUAAUCAUUGAUAAACACACACAUCUCUUUACAUCCGUCAUCACCGGGGCAGUUAAUGUUGACCCAUAAUCACAUAAUCAUCUCCUUUAUAAAGUUAGUUUCGAUUGGCCAGACAAGACCCCUAGCCACGUUCUGAAGUCACUGGAAAUAAAUGCGACCACACUCCUGACGGAUCCCACGCAUUCUUACAAUUUUUAUGGUGAGGUCACGUAGGGCAGGUCUGAGAGCGUGAUUGGGGACACUAACAUUGAUUUGAAGGCUGCAGUGGUUCACUUACAACACCCCUUCCUCCAUCUUCAAAACACACACACACACACACACACACACACACACACCCCACCCUGUCUGAAGGCCCAGCUGGUUUGCACUGAUUACAUCCCCCAUCAUCUAAACAUCAAUCCCAGCAUGCACCUUCUGUUUAUGACUGAACCAUGAAGAGAUCAUUGUAUUUAUUCCUCUAUAAUGUAUACAUUCAUAUAUUAAAUAUGAUAAAUAAUAAUAUGUAAUAAUGUACUAAGCUAUUUAAAGUUGUUGGAGUUGGAGUGAUGCUUGAAUCAGGGAAAUAAAAAUCGGAGAUGCUGGUCUUCUGCCAGGAGUGUAGGGUGGGUUUGUGUGUGUGUGGAUGUGUGUGUGUGUGUGUGUUUUAGGGCUGGGUUGUUUACUGACAAUUAAAGCUAUGUUAAAUAACCAGCACAUCCACAUUUACAUUAAACACUGGUGUAGAAUGAACACUGUCUGUUGAAGAAGGUUGUUGGUACACAUACACUGCCUGCUAUAUCAACAUACACAGAGAUAUAAAUAAGCAGGAGAUAUUGUUUCUUUCAGACUUGUUUGUUUUGAAUUUAUUACACUUUAUUUAUUUCACACAAUAAUUUUUUUAGUGUUAAAACCAGCAUGUGCCCUCAGUGCAUCAUGGGUAAUAACUCUGGUCACUUAAUCACGAGGGAUGUGUAGAAUUUACGACCGAGCCCUGCUGUCUUUUUGUUGUUGUUUUUCUGCCGUGCACUUCACUAUGGGAUCGACCAAAGGUCGUGACCUCGCCCGUUUCCUCUGGGAACGAACCGAUCCUUUCAAACGGGAGUGAACGAGGAUUUCAGAUGUAGAUUUGAUUCCGAUCUGGAUUUCUAUUCUGUUCAGACGAUUAAAUGUGGUAACACGGUCUUAGCUCGGACCUUUUCCGAAAGCUUAGCCGGCGAUUUAUUUUGUCUAAACAAAAUGAGUAUUUGGAAAAAACACGGAAUCGGACGCAAUAAGCACAUGAACGAAAUUAGCCGUAAUUCAGUGACUAUAAACGUCAACCGUUAUGACAAACGAUUAGCUAACUGACUACAUGCUGUCGGUGGGUUUUGAACGAAUCACACGAUCCACACGAUCCACACUAGCCUUGAAAGAUCUCAUCACCUUAAGACUUACGAAGCCCAGAAUUCAAACCAGGCUUGUUUUAUUUCCUUCGUUGUUUCCUGUAAGUCGACCAGUAGUUUGUGUAUCUGAACCAUAUGUGUGUAUGUAAGUAUAGUAGUAGACUCUCCUGCCUUAAAAAGAGCUCAUCAGCCUUUAUCUCUAUUGAGUUACGACUAAAUCGUAUGAAUCAUGAACAAAUAUCCAAAAAACGAGCUCGUUUGCACCUUUUGCACUUUUGCACCUUUAUGAGACGUACUGUACGUGCCGUGAGACGCACGGUUAUUGUUCGAUUUGUGAUUUUAACACUAGCUCAUCUGAAUCCGAUGUAUUUUAUUGUGAUUUUUAUGGUCAGUUUUCAGUUGUGGCAUCAUGCAGAACAGGAUAUUUUUGAUACGGUUGCACGAGCGUGGAAACGACGCCAACGUUUCACAUAUGCAGUUGUGAAGAUAUGAAGAUAAGUGCCAGGCUUGAUCAUCAUCAUCACUGUGAUUGUACUACAUAUUUUAAUAGAAUCAAUUACUUUUAGAAAAUUGUACGCUUCAGAAAAAGACGCGUUUUGUUCGAUCUUUGCUAACAGACUUCUGUCACAUGUUAACGACAAUCGACUCUUCAGCUUCAGUGUAAGAUGGAAGCUGAUUGACUCGUUGAUCGACUGUUAAUAAACCCAGACUCACGUGUUCAUACACCAACAUUACUUUGAUUGUUAAUUUACCCAGAAUUCAGUGCUGUGAUUGCUUUCUUUUUUUUGCUCUCUAUUGAUCCAAAAACUAUGCAAAUGUUUGUAAAAUCGAUGCUUAUAUUAAAAUCAAUGCUGUUACUGUGUGUGUUUUUGCAAACGUACAUAUUAAAGAAAUCUAUGAAUCUAA